GUCUGCUGCGCUCCAUAUCGUCCCACUCACACCGUCUCACACCUUGCCGCAAUGCCGCCCAAGCGCCCUGCUCCCGUCGCCAGCUCGAGCCGUCUACCCGCUGGCGGCGCCUCGAAGCGCGCGCGUGCCGCCUCCGAAUCGUCCGGCGACGAGUCCUCCUUCCACUCGGGCUCGCAGGCCGCGUCGGGCUCCGAGGCGAGCGACGACUACUCGAGCGAGGACGACGGCUCGCAGGGCUCGCUUGUUGCGGGAGACGAGUCGGACUCGGCGUCUGAGGCAGAGGAGCACGGCGGCGGCGGUGGCGGCCGCAGCGAACGGCUCAGCGAGAAGGAGAAGCUGCGUCGCUGGCGCCGCGUCGGCGCAGAGGAGCGCGAGGCUGUGUGCAGCGAGGGCGGCGCCGUGUGGGCAUGCGCUAGGCCAAUCCUCGCGCAAUUGCCGCGCAACCAUCGCGCUUCAGCAUCAGCAAUCCUCUCGCGCUCCCUCACUCGCCUCGACGGCGCGCUCGAGCGUCUCCUGGUGCCGCCAACGAAGCCUCUGCCGGCGGGCACGGCGGGCACGAGCGGUGUCGGCGGCACAGCCAGCACUGCCGGCAGCAUGGUGCGCUGGCGGGCGGAGCGCGAGGCGGGCAUGGGUCUGGAGGAGGAGAUAGACGCAGAGCAGAGUCUCCUGGGCGAAGGCGGUGAUGAGGCGAUGCUCGAGUCGCUUCUGCUGCCGGAAGCGCUGGAGACGGUGGCCCUCUCGGCGACGCUUCGCACCCAAGCGCAGGAGCUAGAGGCGCUGCAAGAGCGCGUCGAACGACUACGUAGACGGGCUGAGGACGCCGGCGAGGCUCCGGCCCUGCGCCUGCCGCACGUCGAGGGGGGAGAGCUGAGCGUGGCGCAGGACGCGGCGAUCGUGGGCCGCAUCAAGCUGGAGCGCGAGCGCAGAAGGAAGCCGACCGCCAGCAUCUUCCGGAACCUGGCGCGAUGACACUCGAGCACCAAGAUGCGUGUCGCAGCGGCAUGUGCCCAUGAGCGCGCCGCAGCAUUGGCCAAUCCUAUACCCUUCGCGAGCCUUUCAGCCGCCGGAUAUGAGGCAGUGCGGCCGCCUGAUCGCACUGCGUGUCUGUGCCGGGCCUGA